AAAAAUAUGAGUUUAGUUCGAUUGAUGGUGGAAAUAUAAACACACGCGUAUAAACAAUCGUUGGUUGCACUCUUUACUCUUAAAAAAGCCACCACUACUUUCAACGUGUCACCCUCUUGUUUUGCAUGGCACUUUGUUUUCAACUAACCGAAUCAAUUCUUGAACAAGCCCCCUAGCUGCUCUUAUUUUUAUUUAUAGAAUCACUGCUUCCAAUAUUUCUCUAUGGCGGUUGAUAGCAAAAAGAUGUGUUCCAAAAACGUUCUAUCAUCAUGGCCGUUGAUUUUAUUGUUGCUGAGUUUUCACGGUACAGCAGCAAGGCUUAACCGUUUUGAGUGGGAUUCGGUGAUAAGAUUACCGACAGAGCCGGUUGAUGCUGACUCGGAUGAAGGUGGAACAAGAUGGGCGGUUCUUGUGGCUGGUUCAAGCGGUUACGGCAAUUACAGACACCAAGCAGAUGUGUGUCAUGCAUACCAGUUGCUGGUGAAAGGAGGGGUAAAAGAAGAAAACAUAGUGGUGUUUAUGUACGAUGAUAUAGCUCAAAAUGAGUUGAAUCCUAGGCCUGGAGUCAUCAUCAACCAUCCACAGGGACCCGAUGUUUAUGCCGGCGUACCAAAGGAUUACACUGGUGACAGCGUGACGGCUGAGAACUUAUAUGCUGUUAUUCUUGGGGACAAGAGUAAAGUAAAGGGUGGAAGUGGCAAGGUGAUUAAUAGCAAAGCUGAGGAUAGGAUAUUUAUCUAUUACUCCGAUCAUGGAGGCCCGGGAGUUCUUGGAAUGCCAAAUAUGCCGUAUCUAUAUGCAAUGGAUUUUAUCAAUGUUUUGAAGAAGAAACAUGCAUCUAGAGGUUACAAAAAGAUGGUAAUAUAUGUGGAAGCUUGUGAAAGUGGUAGCAUUUUUGAGGGUAUAAUGCCAAAUAAUUUGAAUAUUUAUGUGACAACUGCAUCCAAUGCACAAGAGAAUAGUUGGGGAACUUAUUGUCCUGGGUUGGAUCCUGCUCCACCUCCUGAGUUCAUCACUUGCCUUGGGGAUUUGUAUAGUGUUGCUUGGAUGGAAGACAGCGAGACACACAAUCUAAAAAGGGAAACGGUGAAAGAACAAUACAAGUCGGUGAAGGAAAGAACUUCAAAUUCUAACAACUAUGCAUUAGGUUCUCAUGUGAUGCAAUAUGGUGAUACCAACAUUACAGAUGAAAAGCUUUAUUUAUACCAUGGUUUUAAUCCUGCCACUGUGAAUUUUCCUCCACACAAUGGCAGAUUAGAAACUAAAAUGGAAGUUGUAAACCAAAGAGAUGCAGAGCUUUUCUUCAUGUGGCAAUUGUACAAGAGAUUAGACCAUGAAGCAGAAAAGAAGAGAGACAUCCUUGAGAAGAUUGCGGAGACAGUGAAACAUAGGAAUCAUUUAGAUGGUAGUGUGGAAUUGGUUGGAGUUUUAUUGUUUGGUCCAGAAAAAGGUUCUUCAGUUCUACAAUCUGUGAGAGCACCUGGUCUACCUCUUGUUGAUGAUUGGGAAUGCUUAAAAUCAAGGGUUCGCGUGUUUGAAACUCAUUGUGGGUCACUGACCCAAUAUGGCAUGAAACAUAUGCGGUCAUUUGCCAACAUUUGCAAUAAUGAUAUUUCUGAGACUUCCUUUGAGGAGGCAUGUUUGAAAGCUUGCGGUGGGUAUGAUGUAGGGCUAUUACAUCCAUCAAAUGGAGGUUAUAGUGCUUGAUUUUGGGUGGUUUACACUACCUAGAGUCUUAGCAAAAAUUGCAAAUACACUAGUUUAUGUUUCUUGUGUAAAACAUGUUCUCUCAACAUAAUGUGUACUGUUUGUUUUGGAUUAUUAAAGAGUAAGCAGGGAACAAAAUGGGCCAGCUCAGCCCAAGAUGUAUAUGUGGAUAAUGUUAUUUUCUUUUCAGAGAGUACUGGUUAGGAGAGGAUGAGUGUUUUAGUAUUGGUAGUGCAUAUGCGUGUCAUACUUUUUCUAAUAAAAUAAGACAAAUUAGUUUAGGAUAUUAGCGUAUUCCGGUC